AUGUCCAGGAGAGCCAUGUCCGUGUCCAGCUACAGCACCAGGAGGUCGGGGGCCCAAGCCACCUCCAGCUACAGCAUGGUCAAGAAGAGCGGCUUCAGCUCCGGAUCAGUCUACGGCGGUGGAUCGGCCUACGGCGGAGGAUUCAGCUCCUCUGGCAUGGGCGGAGGCAGCAUGUUCUCCUCCAGCAUGGGUGGUGGCUCUGCCAACUUCAUGGCUGCUCCCAUCACCGCAGUCACCGUGAACCAGAGCCUGCUGGCCCCAAUGCAUCUGGACAUCGACCCCACCAUCCAGGCCGUCCGCACCGAUGAGAAGAACCAGAUCAAGACCCUGAACAACCGUUUUGCUUCUUUCAUUGACAAGGUGCGCUUCCUGGAGCAGCAGAAUAAGAUGCUGGAGACCAAAUGGAGCCUGCUGCAGGACCAGACCACCUCCCGCUCCAACCUGGACGCCAUGUUUGAGGCCUACAUCUCCAACCUCCGCAGACAACUGGACGGUCUGGGCAACGAGAAAGUCAAGCUGGAGGGAGAGCUGAGGAACAUGCAGGGCUUGGUGGAGGACUUCAAGAGGAAGUAUGAAGAUGAAAUCAACAAGCGCGCCGCUGCAGAGAACGAGUUUGUGCUUCUGAAGAAAGAUGUCGACGCCGCGUACAUGAACAAGGUGGAGCUGGAGGCCAAGGUGGACGCUCUGCAGGACGAGAUCAACUUCCUGCGCGCCGUGUACGAGGCUGAGCUCCGCGAGCUGCAGGGCCAGAUCAAAGACACCUCUGUGGUCGUGGAGAUGGACAACAGCCGCAACCUGGACAUGGACUCCAUCGUGGCCGAAGUGCGCGCUCAAUACGAAGACAUCGCCAACAAGAGCAAGGCCGACGCCGAGAGCUGGUACAAGCAGAAGUUUGAGGAGAUGCAGAGCUCCGCCGGUCAGUACGGAGACGACCUGCGCACCACCAAGUCUGAGAUCGCAGAGCUGAACCGUAUGAUCGCUCGCCUGCAGAACGAGAUCGAGACCGUGAAGGGGCAGAGGGCCAGUCUGGAUGCACAGAUCACCGAGGCCGAGGAGCGCGGCGAGAUGGCCGUACGGGACGCCCGGCUGCGCAUCAGGGAGCUGGAGGACGCUCUGCAGAGAGCCAAGCAGGACCUGGCCCGACAGGUGCGCGAGUACCAGGAGCUCAUGAACGUCAAACUGGCUCUGGACAUCGAGAUCGCCACCUACAGGAAGCUGCUGGAGGGAGAGGAGAGCAGGCUGGCCAGCGGAGGGGUCAACGCCACCAUCCACGUGCAGGAGUCCAGCCGUGGCGUGAGCUCUGCCGGAGGCUACAGCUCCGGCUCCGGCUUCGGGUACGGAGGCUCCAACCUGGGGGGCUCCGUCAGCCGGUCCUCCGUCAGCACCACCAGCUCCAUGCGGCGCUACUGA